UCGGACGUGUGUGAGCGCGCUCUCUGUCGUAUUGUACCGAAUGCUUGUUGUAAUUUCGCCGUCGUCGUCGUCGUCGUCGUGGCCGUUGUCGUGUGCGGAAAGAACCUUCUUCGUCGGCGUCGUCGUCAGUCCGUCGAGUGGUGUUUCCCUUUCUUCGUCUUUGCCGCGGCCGCGGUCUUGGGAUAUUAUUGUUUUUAUAAUAUCUCUCGCAACGCAUCGCUUGUUGGCGUUUUUCUCCAAUUCAGAUUCCUCGUGUACCUCUAGUGUGUAGUGCUACUUGGUCUGUUUCUCUUCAACAACGGCAAUAAAUCAGGUUCUCAGUGAUGGUAUUGUGUAUUGAACCGUGGAAGAAGUGCGUCGGAGUGACCUUCGGAGGCCCGUUGAAGACCGAUCCUUUGCAACGUUGAAGUUUCUUCAAGAAGAAUAAAUCGAGUUUCGCUGUCAAGUCGUAAUCCGUCUUGGUCAACCGAGAAGAGAAGUGCAGUGUGCAACCAACAGUGCCAGUGAGUGUAAAUUUUGAUCCACUUUGACCUGACCACGCCGUGCGCCACAGACCUACAUUCGCACGCGUCGUUGUUGCUGUGCGGUCACUAGAGUGGCUCAAAAUAAACCAAAUCUGAAAUGGUAAACCGCGAUAGGGAAGUCUAGGUAGUCAGUAUUAUUCUCUGGAAAUCUUAGUUCUGAUGCAGGCAUCCUAAAGUUUGUACGGUUGGCUGUUUUUUCGGUGCGAUUGAAAUUGAAAUCAUUUCUCUCCAGUACUGCUGUGUGUUGUGGAAACAGCUGUGCAGUUGGCGCUGCUGGGUUGCACGACCGAGUUCCAUGUGCGGUUCGCCAUACCUGUACGAACUUUUUCGAAUCGCGGUGAUAGUGUGGUCGCUGUCUCUGUACCAGUGCUGGCUUCUGCGUUGAAUGCUGUGCACACCGGCAAUAGAUAUUGCGCGUGUCGGUUCGUACUGCGGCUGCCAUACCUGGAGAGGCCAAAGAAGUUACGGAAAAUAAUAGUGAAAUAAAUAUUCCACCAACGGAAGCCGACGCGGGCGGUGAGCUGUUCUGAGAGGCUCCGCUGAAUAGCAUCCUGAAGACUUGUCGUCGCGCAGUAAUUGUGAAAGUGUGUCUUUGAAGGUUACUUACUGGCAGUGUGGGGGGGACGGACGGUGUAUACCUUUGCCAGUGCUUUGGCUAUUAGGUUGGUAGUUUGUGGUUGGUUGGACAUCUCCAAGCAACAUCAUCAACCGGCGGGUAGAAGAAAGAUGCCGAGUCAAGAAGAAAUAAGUUCAUUAAUUAGUUCGUGAAUUGAAUGAAAUCUGGCUUCAGAUUGGCCGUUGUGCUGUUGUGUAUGCCCUCCUGAAGAAGCGGGGUGUUUUUCUUUUUGGAGGAGUACCGUGGAAGUGAGCGGCUAUCAAGAGUGUAGCAAAAUUUUGUGUGAGCAGUUGUAAACAUCGCUUCAAAGUGAGGUAUCAUGUGAAACCAGUUGUGUUUGUUUACGAGAAAAGCGCUGGAGAGAUAAAUUUUGACAAGUGCUACUUUUUUUUUGCUGGUGGGCGCUAAUACACGCUCGGUGAGUGGCGGUUUGUUUGCAGAUUUGUACAACAGCAACGGUUGGAGAAUCAUUUUGUGAAACGAGUAGUGUUUAUUGGUUACUAAAACGUUUAAGAGAUACCAAGAUUUGUUAUCGGCUAACAGCGCUCUCAGCAAGAGAGUAACUAUCUACACAAACGGACCAUCGCAGGCUGUCACGCUGGCAUCCCCGGGUAAUACCGUUCCGCCCGUUCUGUGGCGUGCACGACGAAAAGCCGGCCUGCACUUGCGCAGUAUAGAGGAGCCUCAGAGCAGAAUGCCCGCCGAGCAGGGGGGCACAGUGGGGCUCGAUACUUCGUUGGGCUCUCGUUCUGGUGUCCCCCUGCCGCUUCAGCUACAGCCAGCUCCAAACAGUACCUCCUCCUCGUCGUCCUCCGGCCAGAAUCAUCACCAGCUGGGCGGUCUCAAUAGUCAUCAUCACCCGCAUCAUCAUCACCAUCAUCACCACCAGCACCAUGUGGGCAGCGGAAGUGGAAGCAGCGGCAGUGGCACCGGCGGCCACGGAACUAUGUCCGGCAGUUCCGGGACGAAUGCCAGCUACGAUGCCGAGUAUGCACGGAUGGAGUCCUGGCUGGACGAGAAUCCGGAGUUUAUGCAGGACUACUUCAUUCGGAAAGCCACCCGCAACAUGGUGGACGGAUGGCUGGUUUCGCAUGCCACACCGGUGACGACGGCUAGCGGGAGCAACGUGGAUUCUCCUACGCAUGGCGCCGGCGGUCAAACAAGUUCCUCGCGAGCGGGCUCCGGAGCGACUACUCCAGUGAGGAAAAUAUCGGCUCACGAAUUCGAACGGGGUGGCCUGCUAAAGCCCAUCGUGAACACCAUCGAUGGGACUCCCACCUUUCUCAGCAUCGGGCUGCAGAACGAGUGUCUGCUGUCCGGCGGUGGUCCAAGUCACCAUCAGAACGGAGGAGGACUGGGGUUGUCCAGCGGAAGUCAACGACCCCAGCGGUUAUCGCGGAACGAGCUUCGGCAGCUGGACGAACGGGAGCUGAUAUUCGAACUGGUGAAGGACAUCUGCAACGACCUGGACGUGCGCUCGUUGUGUCACAAAAUUCUGCAAAACGUGUCAAUUCUACUGAAUGCGGACCGGGGGUCGCUAUUUCUGGUCCAAGGCAAGAGUACCUGUGGCAGUGAUAAUACCAAAAAAUGUUUAGUAUCUAAAUUAUUCGACGUCUGCUCGAGCAGCACGCUGGAGGAGAUGGAGCAGCAGGACGAGGUAAAGGUGGCGUGGGGCAUGGGGAUCGCAGGUCACGUGGCCGAAAGCGGAGAGCCCGUCAACAUACCGGACGCGUAUCAGGACGAACGUUUUAACCGGGAAAUCGAUGUACAAACCGGCUACCGUACGAAGGCGCUGCUCUGUAUGCCCAUCAAGGACGGUUCCGGCGACGUGGUCGGGGUGGCCCAGGUGAUCAACAAGCAUGGAGACCAGUGCUUCACAGCUGCCGAUGAGAAGGUGUUUUCAUCGUAUCUGCAGUUCUGUGGCAUUGGGUUGCGAAACGCUCAACUGUACGAAAAGUCCCAGCUGGAAGUGAAACGGAACCAGGUCCUGCUAGAUCUGGCCCGGAUGAUCUUCGAGGAGCAGAGCACGAUCGAGCAUAUGGUGUUCCGGAUACUGACCCACAUGCAGAGCUUAAUACAAUGCCAAAGAGUGCAAAUCCUACUAGUGCACGAGGCUUCCAAGGGAAGCUUCUCACGGGUAUUCGAUUUCGAAGCAAAUGAUCUCAGCGAGGACGAGGGUGAUGCGCGGACCAGCCCAUUCGAAUCCCGGUUUCCAAUAAAUAUUGGAAUCACCGGUUAUGUGGCUACCACUGGCGAGACUGUAAAUAUUGGAAACGCCUACGAGGACGAUCGAUUCGAUCCCAGCGUAGACGAAGGGCAGAGCUUCCGGCACAAAACCAUCCUCUGUAUGGCGAUUAAGAAUUCUCUAGGUCAAAUUAUAGGUGUAAUACAGUUGAUCAACAAGUUCGACGAACUCAAUUUUACCAAAAACGAUGAAAACUUCGUGGAAGCCUUCGCCAUCUUCUGCGGAAUGGGCAUUCACAAUACACACAUGUACGAAAAAGCAAUCGUGGCGAUGGCCAAGCAAAGCGUCACACUGGAGGUGCUCAGCUAUCACGCUUCGGCCACCAUCGACGACGCCGUCCGGUUACGGCAACUUAAAGUUCCAUCCGCAGCAUUCUACCAGCUGCAUGACUUCAAAUUCGAUGAUCUGUUCAUGGAGGAUGACGACACGUUGAAGGCGUGCAUACGAAUGUUCCUAGAUCUGGACCUGGUCGAACGGUUCCACAUCGACUACGAAGUGCUCUGUCGGUGGCUGUGUUCGGUGAAGAAGAAUUAUCGCAAUGUUACCUACCACAACUGGCGGCACGCGUUCAAUGUGACGCAGAUGAUGUUCGCCAUCCUGACGUCGACGCAGUGGUGGAAGAUCUUCGGCGAGAUCGAGUGCCUGGCGUUGAUCAUCGCCUGUCUGUGUCACGAUCUGGAUCACCGUGGGACCAACAAUUCCUUCCAAAUCAAAGCUUCAUCGCCCCUAGCUCAACUGUAUUCUACAUCGACGAUGGAGCACCACCACUUUGACCAGUGUUUGAUGAUCAUCAACAGCCCCGGAAACCAGAUCCUGUUGAACAUGUCAUCCGAAGAUUACAGUCGAGUGAUAAAAGUUCUCGAGGAUGCCAUAUUGUCCACAGACCUGGCAGUGUACUUCAGGAAACGUGGCCCCUUUCUGAAUCUAGUGAAACCAAAUACGCAGAUGGCGCUGUGGCAGACGGAGGAACCUCGGUCGCUGUUGCGGGCAAUGAGUAUGACCGUUUGCGAUCUGGCUGCCAUCACCAAGCCGUGGGAAAUCGAGCGACGGGUGGCGGAACUGGUCAGUUCGGAGUUCUUCGAGCAGGGCGACAUGGAGCGGCAGGAGCUGAACAUUACGCCGAUUGAUAUCAUGAAUCGUGAGAAGGAAGAUCAGUUACCAAUGAUGCAAGUGGGAUUUAUCGAUUCGAUUUGCCUGCCAAUCUAUGAGGCAUUUGCCUCCCUUUCGGAUAAGUUGACCCCCCUGGUGGAUGGCGUGAAGGACAACAAAAGCCAUUGGAUAGGUUUGGCACAAAGCUCCAAAGAAAAAUUCGCCAACAACAACAACAGCAUUACCAGUCACAACAAGAACAACAACAACAUAACCAUCGCCACCACCAAUGACACCGGCGAAGAUAAACCCAAUGAUCUCAACCAACGGUCAACGCUUGGCUCGCCCGUUAGCAAUGUCCAGCAAUGCAGUAGUGCCAACAACCACGCGGUUGAAACUGACUCUGACAACCACAGUACCGGUAGCCAUGAAACCAACUGCUCCAGCAGCAUUGCGGAAAAGAUCGUCGGCCGGCUGGGGGCGGACCUGACUUCGACUACGACCGCCUUCACCGAGGUGCCAUCCUAUCUGAUCGCCAAGAAGGAAAACGGUUGGCUACACUCUGGAAGCGACAAGAUACGACUACUGCGGAUAUCCUCCGUGGAGGGGAAGUCCGGCAGCAGUGAGCAACCAAUAAUGGACCAAUGAAUCAAGGCCGGGUUAUACCGAGCAGCACACGUAGACAUUUUACGACCACACAAAACAAGUAUUCUACCACAAAAGUGAAAACACAGACACACUUACAAGCACAUACGAAUUUAAUCUUAUAGACCGAUUCUUCCGAUAAGUAAUUUCCACUACUACCUGCAUGGUCUGACUCGUGAGGAAAGUUUUCAGUUUUACUUACGUAGUGAUUCGAUUAAUUGUGUUAACUACAGUAUAGGAUUUUUUUAAUGCCAUAAUGCUCUCUCGUUCUGUGAAUUAUUUUACAUACUAGACCUAUUGGAAGCUGAAGUCCAGUCAGGUCGGGAUGAUUCUUCCUGCAUCCCGGAUCCAAAAGGGUUUCGAAUGAAUGAUUUUCUGGAAUUCUUCGAAGAUUUCAUGCAAAUAUUGUUUAUUUGUCAGUUCCGUACAUAAAAGUCAGAUUAGCAAACAAGGGAGCAAUCAUCCGCGAGAUCCAAACUAAUAUCUGCGACCCAGAUGGACCCAUUCGACAAUUAAGUUACACCGAAAUGGAGAAAAAAGAAAUAUCAAAACAAGCAGCACUAGUCAGCAGUUUAAUAAUCUAGUUUCUUAAGUUGAUUCGUACUAUUUAAGAAAAAAAAACAAACUCUUUGAUGUAGGUUAGUGUUAUACGAGAGAGACAGAGAAGUUCCCGAUGCGAUUGCGUGUGGUGUGGUUGAAUGUGUCCGACUGAAAUGAGUGGCGAAAGAAGCGAAACCGAAUACAAUAAAAGCGCAAGCGAUCCAGAGUCGCGAUUCAACAACCAAUGUUAUAUAAAUGGUGUAUAAUAUAUAUGAAGCUGUUGAUCGACGUUUCUUGGGAUAGUUUAAAUUGUGACUCUUUUCUUGUAGAGUGGAUAAGAUUUGUGUAGCAACAUGAACACAAGAGAUGAUCAGUCCUAAAUUAAAUAUUUCCUAUAUUUGAAAAAAAAAA